GAUUCUGUGCACCUAUUGAAAUUGUUUACAGUCCGUUGUUGAUAUCGUCCCAAUAUUUAUGUUAUGUUUAUUUCUUUUGCUCAUUAAAUUAACUUCUACCUCAUACGAAGCCUUAUGUUUAUUUAUCUUGAUCGUAAAUAAUUAUGUUUUGUGAUUUAAUGUGUGCUACAUUAAUCUGAUUGUGACGUUUAUUACUGAUGAAUAAUACGCAUUUAUGAUUUAUCGAAUUAACUAUAACAAAACUAGAAUUUUAUAGCAAUGAGCUAUUAUUACUACAGAUGAAUAAAAAUGUUGAUGAAUGUUGGAAAACGUUAAGGUUACGGAGACCUCCGAUUGUGCUAAAAAGGGGAAACAAACAUUCAUCUAAACGUAAAUAUUGUUAGGGCUUUGAAGGCCCAUCUACGUAUUCGCCACGAAAAAACUUUUAGAAGUGUGCCCUCAAUAAUAUGAGUGACCACGAUAAUGAAAAACUAUUUAAAUGCGAAACCUGCGGAAUCUGUUUUACUCAAAAAAACAGUUUGGAAGAACACGUCAAUACCCAUUUGUGCCAAAAACCAUUUAAAUGUAACGAAUGUGGUGAAACGUUUACAAAAAAAUUUUACCUGUCUGUCCAUAUUAAAAGUGUUCAUAGACGAGAAAACACGAAGACUUUUGAUUGCCUACUGUGCCCAGAAGUAUUCCCUUCUAAGUACUACUUGAACGUUCAUUUGGGUGAACACGGUACGGAAAAUCUGUUUAAGUGCGAAACUUGCGGAAAAUCUUUUGCUUUGAAGAGCAAAUUGAACGAACACAAGAAAACCACCCAUUUGGGUAAGAAACGAUUUAAAUGUGACCAGUGCGGUAAGAAGUUCACAAGAAAAUAUUACCUCUCGGUCCAUAUUAAAAGUGGUCACAAAAACGACCGAUGCAUUUUGCUAAAAUGUCACAUAUGCAAGAAGGAAUUCAAAAAUAAAACUAAUUUAAAACUGCAUGUAAAAGAACAUGCUAAGCCCGAAUGUCCUCUGUGUUUCCAACCCACUGAAGAAUGCGCCUGUUCAUGGAACCGCGUAGAUGACAAAUGCGAUCGCUUGAAGAAUCGCUUCGCUAGAGAAAAUUUGAUGAUCAGAUGUCAGACUUGUUCCAAACCGAUCUUACGCAAUUCCCAACUCAAAAUACAUUUGAGAAUACAUCGCGAUUAUAAAUGCAUACUUUGUAACGAAGAUUACAAGAAUUGCAAUUGUUGCGACGAUUACAUGGAGGUUUCAAAAACCAUUAACACUUAUCGGAAAACUAGUAAACCUUCAACUAGUGUUGAUGAGGCUUUACCAAGAAAAGCAAGUGCUCCUAGUGUUGCUGCAAAGGAAGACGAAAUUUCAACUCCAGAUGAGGAAAAACCUGUCGAUGAAGCGAUUGUCCCCGAAGAUGAAAAAUGUAUGGCUUGCGACGAGGAUUGUAACAAUUCCAGCAGUUCUGAUGAAUAUAUGGAAGUAACGAAAAGCGUUAAAACUUAUCAGAAAGCCAGCAAAUCCUUGAUUAAAGCUAAAAAAGAAGAACGUUUUACCCCGAUUGAUGAACCUCCUGUAAAAGAAUCUGCCAAAUUUAGUGAAAAUAUUAUACCCAAGGAUGGCAAAUGUAUCAUCUUCAACGAGGACAAUGAUGAGAGUUGUUUCUCGGACGAUUACAUGCAAGUGACAAAAAGUGUUAACACUUAUCAGAAGAUUAACAAAUCUUCAAUUAAUGCCAAUGAGCCGUUAGCAGAGAAAAAUAAUGAACCUGUGAAUGUUAAAGAAGAAGAGAUUUCAGCUUCACUUGUUAAUGAUUGUAGUACGAAAAUUGUAGAAUUAAGUGAAACUAUUGUACCUAAAGAAGAACCUAAGCAAGAGCACUUUGAAAUCCCUGAAAGCUCCAUCGAACUGUUUGCUGAAGUCGAUGAAGACGCUAAAAUCUUUGACGUCAAACCAGAAUCCAUAGAGUUCCCAAACAAUUUGAGUCUUCAGUUGUUAUCAAUAUCAUUUAAAAGUGCUGUUGAAAGAAAAUCGAAAAUGUCCAAGGAAAACGACUCUUCAUUCCAAUGUGCAUUCGAAAAGGCUGUCGAGGUUAUGAAGAGCACCGAUACUAACGAACUCAAGGGUAGAAUUGAAUGUGAAAUUUGCAAGGGGAUCUUCCUGAAGCGGCACCACUUCAACAACCACCUGUGCAAGAAGAAGUCGAAAAAGAUGUGUCCAAUUUGUCAGAAAACAUUCCUGUCGCCGUAUCGUUUGAACGAACAUUUGUAUCUUCAUUCGGGGGAGAAGCCCUACGAGUGUGAAGUGUGCAAAAAACGUUUCUCCCAAAAGGGGUACCUUUCCAAACACUCGGUUAUCCAUCGGAAAGAGAAACCGUUCAAGUGCAAUUUUUGUAAUAAAUCAUAUACUCAGGCGGAUACCCUCAAAGAACAUAUUUACACUCAUACAGGAGAAAAACCCCUCAAAUGUCGUCACUGCGAUAAGUCUUUCUCCAACAAGUCGUCGUACAACUUGCACAUUUCGAUCCACGAAAGCACCAAGACCUACGAGUGCGACGUUUGUUUGAAACAAUUUACUCAAAAGUACUAUCUUAAAAGACAUAGAAACAUCCAUGCGUUUGAGAAGCCCUACAAGUGCGACGUUUGUGGCAAAUCGUUCUCGUUAAAAGCUGGUUUAAACGAACACAUGUACUGCCAUUCUGGAGAAAAACCGUACAAAUGUGACGAAUGUGAUAAGUCUUUUACGCGAAGGACCACUCUUUCCAUGCAUCGCGAAAUGCACAAUGCCGAGUCUUCGAAAUUACCCAAAUGCCAUGUAUGCAAUAAGCGCUUCAUGAACAAAUUUCUUUUGGAACGGCAUAUUGGCGUCCACAGAAAAUUCAAAUGCCUUGUGUGUGAUAAGUCUUCCAAAAUUUGCAUCUGCACUCCAGAAGUAGACCAAAAUGCCUUACAAGGUCCUGUUUCCAAGAAGGACAUGUUCAAAUGUCAAGCCUGUUCAAAAAUUGUAUUUAACAGAUCGUUCUUUAUGGAGCACAUUGCAGUUCAUCGCGAUUUUAAGUGUUUGGAUUGCGAUGGGAUCUACGCCAGUUGCGGUUGUUUCAAACCUUCGAUGGAAGAUUUCGAGAUGGUGGAAGAUGACCUGAAGUGCAGCCUUUGCGACAUGCAAUUCUUUCACGAGGCUCAUCUGUACGAACACUUGUUGAACCACAAAUGCAUGGUCUGUUGUACGUCCAUGAUGAAUUGCGUGUGCCCCAAAGAGGAGGAUGAUGAACUCCAUAAGCAAAAUAACCAGAUUAUUAAAUGUAAGCCACUAGAAGAAUUGAAAUCAUCCGACAGUGGGAACAACAUCGGUGACGAAAAUAGUAUGGAAUUAAUUAAACAAGAGUAUGAUGAUUUUCAAAAACAACACAUUGAUUUUGAGCAAGGUCCGUUGGAGUAUGUAGACGAAGAUCUUGAAAUGAAAGAAGCCUUUAGUAUUGAAGAAGACAAACCUAAACUUGAACAUGAAUUGAUUGAUAUAGGCGGGCAAUUCGUUGAAAUGACCAGCGGAGAUUUCGUAAUUGAUAACAAAUUAGUUGAAGCCGACCAAAAGCCUGUUACCAUCAGCGAAGAAUUUGUCGUAGAUGACAACGAUUUCAAACCAGAAUAUAUCAAAUUAGAACUGAAACCCAUGGAACUUGCGGACCUAAUACUUAACUCUGACAAUUUCUUGGAAUGAUCAGAUAUUAAAAAUAGCCCGGAAAUUCGAAUUUGAUUUUUUAUUAUAAAACUAAUAGAGAUAAUAUUACCAGAAUAAAAUAUUAAGUUUGUA